AAUUCCGCAAUAUGAACAACUUAGAGAAGCUGGAUUUGAGUUACAAUUCAAUAGAAGAUAUAAAAGGUUUUGAAAGACUAUAUGUGUUAGGCAAGUUGGAGCUACUUGAUUUGAGCUACAAUUCAUUCAAUAAUGGAAUCGUACCAUCUCUUUGUGUUCUCUCAUCACUCAAGACUUUAAACUUACGGGGUAUCAAUUUGAAUGGAUCAAUUGAUAUAGGAGAAUUCCAUAAUAUGAGCAACUUAGAGGAGCUGGACUUGAGUGAGAAUCACAUAGACAGCAUAAAAGGUUUGAAGAGUUUAAGCAAGCUAAAGAUGUUGAACCUCCGAUGGAAUGAAUUGAAAGGACUAGUUACUAGUAAUGGGUUGGAUGGAUUAAAACACUUACAGGAGUUGUAUUUGGAUCAUUCAUCCAUUGACAAGAUCUUUCUUCAUAAUGUUGGAGUAAUGUCCUCCCUAAGGGUGCUGACAUUGCGGAAUAUUAGCCUUAACGGAAGCCUACCUAACCAAGGUUGGUGUGAACUUUCUAACCUCCAAGAGUUGGAUCUCAGUGAGAAUGGUUUUAAUGGAAUGCUUCCCUCAUGUUUGGAAGACUUAACAUCAAUUCGAAUAUUGGACCUCUCUUUCAAUCAGUUCAUUGGAAAUCUUACUUCAUCUUCCCUUAGUAAUCUCCUAACACUGGAAUUUCUUAGCCUUUCAUAUAACCAUUUUGAAAUCCCAGUCUCAUUUAUUUCAUUUUGCAACCAUUCAAAGCUUAAGGUAUUUUUAGGUGACAACAACAGAUUGAGUGAUCAAAUUGAGUUUCAAACAUGGAUUCCUAAGUUCCAACUGAAGGUUCUCAGUUUAUCAAACUGUGGAUCAAACAAUCUUGGUAUGAAAUUUCCACAUUUUCUCUUUUACCAAUAUGACCUCAGAAUAGUUGAUCUAUCACACAACUCAGUCAGAACAUUCCCAGUUUGGUUGUUAGAAAAUAAUACUCGAUUGGAAGUUUUUGAUCUAAUAAAUUGCUCCCUUAUUGGGCCUUUCCUAUUGCCAUCGUAUCGUAAUCCCCAUGUCAGUUCAAUUGAUAUUUCCGACAAUCUUCUUGAGGGCCCAAUUCCAACAAAUAUAGGUUCGAUCUUUCCAAAUUUGUGGAAUUUAAAAACAUCUAGAAACCUUAUUCAAGGUCACAUUCCUACUUCUUUAGGUGAUAUGCACUUUUUGGAGAUUUUGGACUUAUCUAACAAUAAUUUGUCUGGACAGAUACCAAAGGAUUUGACAAUUGGUUGCCCCUAUUUACUCUUCUUCAAACUAUCAAACAAUAAUUUGUCUGGCCAAAUAUCUCUUUCAUUUGUAAAUUUAACCACAUUGAGAUACUUAUAUUUGGACAAUAAUCAUUUCGCUGGCAAAUUUCCAUAUAGUGUAUCUAUUCCCCCUUCUUUGGAAGCACUUGAUAUUAGCAACAACCACAUGUAUGGAAAGCUUCCAAGAUGGAUGGGGAACAUGUCCAGUCUGAUAGGGAUUGCUAUGUUCUCAAAUCAUUUUGAAGGCCCUAUUCCAGUAGAGUUUUGCAAACUUAGUAAUCUUCAGUUUUUAGACGUUUCAGAUAAUAACCUGUCUGGUUCUGUACCGUCUUGCUUCAACCAAUCGACAGUAAAACAUGCCCACUUGAACCAAAACCAGUUGAGCGGUCCAAUGACGCAUGCAUUUUACAACAGUUCUUCUUUGGUGACAUUAGAUCUUAGCGAUAACUGCCUAAAUGGUACUAUUCCCAAUUGGAUUGGAAGCCUUCAUGUGUUGAGCAUUCUUCUCUUAAAAUUUAAUAAUUUUGAAGGUGAAAUUCCAGUUCAAUUAUGCCAGUUGAAACAAUUAAGCAUAUUGGACCUUUCUGAAAAUAACUUUUCUGGUCCCAUACCUCUUUGUUUUCGUGAAAUACCUUUUGAGACAACCCAUGAAAAAUCUUCUCUAGAAAUUGGAAUUCAACAAUCUUUAACAUUUUCAUUGUGGAACUUUGUUGAGGGGUCAAAGUCACUAGAAGACCAUUAUCUGAUGGAUAUUGCAUAUGAAAAUAUUAUCUUCCACUCUUUGGAUGUCCAACAAAAAGUGGAGUUCACAACAAAGCAUGGAUCCUAUGCAUAUAAAGGCAACAUUUUGGACUACAUGUCUGGAGUUGAUCUCUCUUGUAACCACUUAACAGGGGAAAUCCCUUUGGAAAUGGGAAACUUGAGCAAUAUCCGUGAUCUAAACUUGUCUCAUAACAAUUUAUUCGGAUCAAUCCCAUCAACAUUCUCACAACUAAAGCAAAUAGAAAGUUUGGAUCUCUCUUACAAUAGAUUGAAUGGAAAGAUCCCUUCUCAAUUGAUUGAAUUGAACAAGUUGGAAGUCUUUAGUGUGGCAUACAACAACUUAUCAGGUGCGACCCCAGACCAAAAAGCUCAGUUCGCAACUUUUGAAGAAAGUAGCUAUGAGGGAAAUCCCCUUCUCUGCGGAUUUCCCUUGCAAACCAACUGUAAUAAAACUGUACCAACAUCAACAAUGUCAAAAGGCCUGGAUAGAGAGAUUGAAGACGGUGGUUUCAUAGAUAUGGAGGUUUUCUAUGUCAGCUUUCUAGUCUCAUAUAUUAUUGUGUUGUUGGGGAUUGUUGCAGUUUUGUUCAUAAAUCCUCAUUGGCGACAAGCUUGGUUUCACCUUGUUGAAAUGUGCAUGACCUCUUGGUACUACUUCUUUUUGGACAAUUUUAUGAAGUUUUUUUGCAAUAGAAGUAUGUAAUCUCCUUGAUUAAGAUGCAAGUUCUUGAAUUUGAACCUGAGAAAAUGAAAUAUAUGUUAACUUUCAGGUCUGACCUAUGUUACUAAUUUUUUUUUUUUUCUAGGAAAGUUUGUUUAAAUAAGUUGCCCUAUAAUUGUGGGUUUUAACAAGAUGUCUAUCAACAUAGAUGUUGUAGUAUUGUCAUGUAAUGACACAAAUUGGUGUGCCUAAUUGAAAAUUCCAAUUAUGAAGUAGACUAGAAUUUCAAGUGGAA